AUGUAUCUGCACAAAAAUUUCUGUUUUAAAUAUUUAAUUAUUAUUAUUAUUAUCAUCAUCAAUCAAGCAUAUGCGAUUGAUUACACAAUUUAUCGUUCCGAUCCAGUUCCAUCCCUAGAAUUUGUGGCCUCAGCUGUUCCACCAAUUGAAAAUCUCCUUAAUACUUUGAUAGCAACUCCAUCAAACUCUCUGCAAAAUAGUAUUGAGAAACUGCUGGAGUACGGUGGACUAGUGCGGUUAAAAUUACUAUCAAAACUGGGGUUUGAGAUCUACAACAACGAUAAGUUUGAGCUUUCAGAGGUUACAGCCUUGAAUAACAUCUAUCAACGUAUCCUAAAGCGGAAAGAUAACUUGUUAAAGAUUUUACCAGUAAAAAAUUCUACGCUUCAACAGUUUUGUUCUCAGAUUGAUAAAUUUUUCAGUGAUAAAUCCUUCAAAACAAUAACCUCGGAAAUUCCUUUGAUUUUACCGCCAGCUCCGACUUCGGUAUCAGUCAACCUGAGUUUAAACUCAAUUUUGACUCAACUUAAGCAUCAUAAGCUGAAACUUACCACCCCAUUGUUUAUAGGGAUGCUCCUUCAUGUGCCAUUUAACAACUACGACGCUCAUACUCACAAUUCCAUGAGACACCUUAUCUUCUAUCUGGUGAAAAAUUCAGAUUUUGAGUUUAAAACUAGUACAGAGCACCUGAACUAUAAUAAAAUGACCGACCUGGUCUAUGAUAUUUUAAUCAGCGAAUUUUUUCAAAAAGCAACUACUCACGCUCGAUACUUAUCUGAUCAAUUAGAACCAAUAAUACCCUUUAAUUCAAAUAUCGAAGAGCUGAGUGUCAUUCUUGAGGAUAACAAGAUCAAUCUAAAAUUUUUGCUUGACAGGGUCCUGCCAAAUGACACUCUGGACGGGGAUUUGAUUGACGCAAAAAAUUAUCUUUAUCACAAAUUGAAGAAUAUUAAAAACUGGGAUAUAAAUGAGCUGAUUGGAGAUGAAAAAUACGAAUACCUAAACCAGGAUCAGCUAUUAAUUGGACUUUUUGAUAAACUGAUAGACUUGGAUUUUGUUAAAGACAUUGCCAGUGCUUUGAAGGUUAACGCUUAUUUUUGGCACAAAAGCCAUAUGAUUGAAAAUUUAAACGAUUUGCUUGAUCUAUUUGACAAUUACAACAAUUUAAAAGGAGUAACCACUUAUCGUGAACUUAUAAAGACCAUAAGUAGGAUUAAAGAAAAUUUGAUUGAUAGCAACAAUAUUACCAUUGAAUUGUUGUGCACAAGGCCUAGAGCUUGUCUUAAACAAGGACUGAAUAAAGUUAGACAGUGUAAAGGAAUAAAUUUGGAAACCAAGAGCUUGAUUAAUAACUUUUUUAAGCAAACCAGAGACUGCCAUUUUUCAGAAUGUAUUACUGAAAAAUGUAAUGAAAAUUAUGUUUUACCGAUUGAAUUAAAUACAGAAGUAACUUCAGAGCCGGACUGCGAGGAUAGCGAGGAGUGCGAGUCUGACGAGGUUAAAGCUUCUAUGGUUGAUAUUGAUAAAAAUAUUAAAGGGGUUAAAAAAAUAAAAGUUAAACUUGAGGAAAGUAAAGAGGAAAGUAGUACGGAAAGUUUAAGAACCACCGAAGGCAAUAUUGAAGAAACUACUGAGCAUAUUGAAGUUGUUAAAGUUAUAACUGAAGCGCCAACGACUGAAGCUGAAAAAUUUAUUACCACUGAAGUAAUUACCACAACAGAACCUACAACUGAAUUUACCAUUGAACCUUCAACAGAAGUUUCUAAAACUCAAAUAAUCACAGAAAGAUCAACGAAUGAGCUUUUCACCACUGUUGAGAUAACUGAACCAACUACUACUGUAAAAAAAAUAACUGAACCUUCAACUGAACAAGUAACAGAUAAAUUAGUAUCAAUAACUAAAAAACCUAAAUGGAUUUCAGUUGCUGUUAAUCAAGUAUCAUUAAAACCAUCUAUCUCCGUAAACUUACAGAGAGAGCCGGAGGUAACUAGCUUGGAAAUAAAAAAAUCAACAAGACGUGCUUCUAUUAAAAAAAUGCCCACUCUGAAUAUCAAAAAUGAAAUUGAGGCACCUAAACCAACAAUAUCAAUUUUUACGACAGUUUCUCCGAAGCGCAAGCGAGUAAUUUGCCACCACCGGGACCUCUACCACAGGAAAAAGCUCAAAAAAAUAAAUAAUCUCAAGCAGAAGCAAAAUAAAUUGUUUAAUUCUGUUAUCGGAUCAAAAAAUGUCAAUUAUCAAAACCUGAAGCUUGAUGAGCUUAAUAAAAUUAAUAAAAUUAAUAAGGUUAAUAAUCUCAAGCAGAAGCAAAAUAAAUUGAUUAAUUUUGAUACCGGAUCAAAAAAUGUCAAUUCUCAAAACCUGAAGCUUGAUGAGAUUAAUAAAGUUAAUAAAGUUAAUAAGGUUAAUAAUCUUGAAUCAAAUUCCGAUAAGAUCGAUGAUAUUGAUUCUGGUAACCAGAAGGUCAGUAUUGUUGAUAAGAAUUCAAAUUUAGGUGAUAAUAAAGUUGAUCUUCAUGUUCAAUCUCAUUCCGGUGAAUUGGGUCUGCAUUCAGAUUCAACGUCGGGUAAGGUAGAAGACCUGCUGUCCCAUUCUGAUUUAAAGAAGCAGCAGUUGCAUUCAAACUCAAAGUUUAAUUCCAGUCUAGGUGAAAAGUCAGAUUCGGGCUCGGUUUCAGACUCGGGCUUAGAUAAAAUCAGUCAGCAAUCAGAUUCCGAUAAGAUCGAUAAUAUUGAUUCUGGUAACCAGAAGGUCGGUAUUGUUGAUAAGAAUUCAAAUUUGGGUGAUAAUAAAGUUGAUCUUCAUGUUCAAUCUCAUUCCGGUGAAUUGGGUCUGCAUUCAGAUUCGACGUCGGGUAAGGUAGACCUGCUGUCCCAUUCUGAUUUAAAGAAGCUGCAGUUGCAUUCAAACUCAAAGUUUAAUUCCAGUCUAGGUGAAAAGUCAGAUUCGGGCUCGGUUUCAGACUCGGGCUUGGAUAAAAUCAGUCAGCAAUAUAGACCAGAGAUCGAUAAAAAUCCAUCAGAUUCGACGGGUUAUGAUCAUUCUAACAUCCUGGAGAAUACUUACAAUUUAGCGACGAAAGACGCAAAAAAAAUCAAACAAGGAAUUGGUAGUUUUAACCCUUUUAGUCGGCCAAGCAAGUAUCACUCCGUUAAUUACAAUGAAAAUAAUAAUAUUAACAUCAAUAAUGCUAGAAGGUCAAGGUUAGGCUCAAAAAUUUUUGAUAGUUCUGAAGAAAUGCCUCAAAAUUCGGAUAAGUCAGACAUAUCAGGUAGUGACCAGGACUUAGCUGAGCAAGAGGACAACUAUUUUGAAAACCGAAACAAGACGAAAAAGUCCAAGGAGUUUUCAAAAAUUAAAAAUUCAAAAUUAAAUCAGAAUCAUCACAAGAAGAUGACUAGUUAUUAUAAUGAAGAGGUUAAAGAAGAAAAGGUCAAAACGCGAAGGUCCAAUUCGGUGAGACGCAGUCACAGCAGUAAAAACAGUAAAAAAACCAGGAGAGCUGAUCAAAAUCAUAAGGGGUAUCAUAAUAAUUUAAGAAAAAAUAAUUUUGAAAAUAAUUCAUCUGAUGGUCCCAAAAGCCGAAUGUUGGAUCUCGACAUGACUAAGUUUAUGAAUUUUGAGGUAAAAAGGGACGAGACUGUAAGAAAAAAAGUGCCAACGUACAAGCGGAGUGUUGAUCAAGGGCAAAUCAAGGCUAGAGUUUUCAGAGAAAUUCCCUACCCUCCCAACCCUUUAACAACAUCUGAGACGGAAGUCAAGCCUAGAAUGUUCAACAUCGGAGCGUCUAAAUUUGCCAACAUUGAGUUCAAGAAAGAUGAGAAUUACACUGAGUUUAAAAAGUAA